AUGCAGCGGUACCUGGACGUUAACGUUACUCCGCCAGCCGGGUGGGAAUGCUGUAAAUGCACUUAUGAGAACAUGGUAGACGGUGUCGUUGGGGAAGAAUUCGACCCGAUAUUCAGACCAGGAGUACCACAGCCGGCGUGCCUGGGAGGUACCAAUAUUUGCGAUAGGGUGAAAGGUCACCGUAGAUGUGAGACGUGCGUUUACCUUGAUAAGGACCGACUCCAAUAUCAGCGAUGCGGUGAGGGGUGGACGGAUCCUACUGCCGAGUACUGGAGCGACACCAGUGGAGAUGGCGGUCGAGGAUCAGAAGCAUCUCUUCCUCAAUAUGGUUCUCCAGCUGGUGGAAAUGGAAGUGAACCAGAAGCGCAGCGAAGCCGGCACCCUUACAGGUGA